AAUAUCAAGAAGAAGAAAGGCAGAGAGCGAGACACAUGAACUGAAAACCUGAAAAGGAUAAAACAAAAAUAAAAAUUCUCGUUUCUGUCUGAAAAAACCAAAGGUGAUGCUGUGUGCACCACCAUUCCAAGAUGCCAUUUACUCUUCAUCCCUCUAAAUCUCUUUGCUCUCCCAACUUCACAAUAACACCAGGUAAGGAUACUACUCUUUUCACCAACACCUUCUUCUUCAUCAACAAACCACGCAAAAACCCCACAAAGUUUCGUUCUUUUGCCAAGGUUGUUCUUUACACUCCCCGUGCUUCCAUAGUUUCUAAGAAAGAUCCAAUCUUGGGCUAUACCCACUUCACACUUCGCUCCAGGAGUGAUGGGUUUGAUGGCUUUUCCACUGAUGUAUCUCAAGAUGAUGGAACAAGCCAAGAACUUGAACAGCUUGAGUUGCUGAACAAGCCUUCACCAGUGCUUGUUACCGAAGAGUCUUCUUCUGAGGUUGAAGUGGAGGAAGAGAAACCCUCCAAGGAGGAGGCUUUGGCACCUUUCUUGAAGUUUUUCAAAGGCAAAGAUUCUGGGCAGGAGGUUGAGGAAGAUGGUGAGGGGUUGGAAGUUUCUGAAGAAAAAAGUGAUGUGGAGGGUGAGAAUGAAGAGGGAGAUAAGAAGGUUAGUGUUGAGUACUAUGAGCCCAAACCUGGGGAUUUUGUGGUGGGUGUUGUUGUUUCAGGUAAUGAAAACAAGCUUGAUGUCAAUGUAGGGGCAGACUUGCUAGGUACAAUGUUGACCAAGGAAGUGCUUCCCUUGUAUGGUAAGGAAAUGGAGAACUUGUUGUGUGAUGUGGACAAAGAUGCUGAGGAUUUUAUGGUUAAUGGGAAGAUGGGAAUUGUGAAGAAUGAGGAGGCAAUAAGUGGAGUGCCAGUGCCUGGAAGGCCUGUUUUGGAGAUCGGAACCAUUUUGUUUGCUGAGGUUUUAGGUAGGACUCUUAGUGGCAGGCCAUUGCUUUCCACCAGAAGGCUCUUUCGCCGGAUUGCCUGGCAUCGAGUGAGGCAGAUAAAACAGCUCAAUGAACCUAUAGAGGUUAGAAUUACUGAGUGGAAUACCGGGGGCCUGCUAACAAGGAUUGAGGGUUUACGAGCUUUCCUACCCAAAGCUGAGCUUGUAAAAAGAGCAAAUAGCUUUACUGAAUUGAAAGAAAAUGUGGGGUGCCGUAUGUACGUACAAAUUACUCAGAUAGAUGAAACUAAAAACAAUUUGAUACUUAGUGAAAGGGAAGCUUGGCAAAAAUUGUAUCUUCGUGAGGGAACACUUCUAGAUGGGACUGUGAAAAAGAUCUUACCAUAUGGAGCCCAAAUUAAGCUAGGAAAAACUAAUAGAAGUGGAUUGCUGCAUGUUUCAAAUAUCUCUCGAGCUGAAGUUACUUCUGUCAGUAACAUACUUUCUGUUGAUGAGAAUGUCAAAGCUCUUGUGGUGAAGUCAAUGUUUCCUGAUAAAAUUUCUCUGAGCAUUGCUGACCUUGAGAGUGAACCUGGCCUUUUUCUAUCAAAUAAAGAGAGAGUAUAUAUGGAGGCUGAUAUGAUGGCAAAGAAAUAUAAGCAAAAGCUACCACCUUCUGUCACCACUCAAAGAUUAGAACCCCUACCAACCAGUGCCUUGCCUUUUGAAAAUGAAGCACUUUAUUCCAACUGGAAGUGGUUUAAGUUUGAAAAAUAAUGAUGAAACAAGUUGACACAAAAAGCAUGAUACUUUUCACUGACAGAAGCUCAACUGAGAGAACUUGACAUUGCAUGGGAGCAAUGCCUGUCUGGAAGAAAACAUCAAGAGCCUCAGUAGUUUUGAUUUUGAUGAGUCAUUGUUCGCCUGAUGAGUUCCAUAGAGAUCACAAGCUAUUAUGUGGUCAAAAGGGUCAAAGCAUAAUUCAGUUUUAUUCUUUUUUUUCUUGUCACCGAGAAAGUUUUUUUCCUUUCUUUUUAUCUUAAAUUUUCCGGUGCCAGGCAUCAUUUUAAAGAUAGGUUCAUGUAGUUUUAUGUAAAUUCUGGGAUAAUUUUCGAGCUUAAUUUUGAUUAACGCUCAGAGUAAAGCUUUUGCACUAUCAUCAUAUUGUGUUAACUCUUUAUUUUUUACCUUUCAACUUAGAAAGUUGUUAAUUUUCUAAUAAUAUCGAAUGAUAGUGUAGAAGUUUUACAUGAGAAGAUCAAAAUUAAGUCCAAUUUGUAUAACAUUCACUUCCUCAAUUUUUGUCUUCUUCCUUUCUUUA